AUGGCGGAUAAGCUAUCCCUCGCCCUCUCCCUCUCCCUCCCUCUCCGCGUUCCCUCCCCUCCUCCCUCCAAUUCAAAGCCGCUCUUCCAUGAAUCCCCGUCCCCUAACACCCCUCCGCCUUCUUCCACUCUCGCCCCAAUCCUCCACGACCUCCUCCUACCCCCCCAAAACCCCGCUCUUCCGUCCCCCGCCCUCCGCAACCGCCGCCGCCGCCCCCCGCCCACCUCCUCCCGCAAGCCUCGCCUCGGACCUCCUCCGCCCCCUCUCCCCCUCCCCUCCCCCGAUUCCCCCCUCGAACCAUUCCUCACCGACCUCCUCGCCGUCAUCGAGGGCCUCGAGUUCCACCGCCACUCCGACACUGCCCUCGCCGUCUUCGACUGGGCCCGCCGCACCCUCGGCGACGCCCGCCUCUUCUCCUCCGGCGUCGGCGCUGGUCGACCCAUCCUCCCGGUUGUCAUCAGCAUCCUCGGCCGCCAGGACCGCCUCGCCGAUGCCGCUGCCCUGCUCCAGUGCCUUCAGGACCACGGCUCCUCCGCCGACAUCUAUACCUACACCUCGCUCAUCACCGCCUAUGCCCGCAAGAAACGGUACCGGGAGGCGCUCGCCGUGUUCCGCCGGCUGGAGGUCGAUGGUUGCAAGCCGACCAUCAUCACCUACAAUGUUGUCCUCAACGUGUACAGCAACCUGUUCAUGCCGUGGAACAAGGUGGCCGCCCUUGUCGAUGCCAUGAAGAGCAAUGGAAUUUCACCGGACAGGUACACCUAUAACACCCUCAUUAGCUGCUGCCGCCGUGGGUCACUCUACGAGGAGGCUACCGAGAUCUUUAGAGAGAUGAAAGCUAUGGGCUUUGCGCCCGAUAAUGUCACCUACAACACGCUCCUUGACGUCUAUGGGAAGUCCCGGAGGCAUGCAGAGGCGUUGGGCGUUCUUCAUGAUAUGGAAGCGGCUGGAUUUUCCCCCAGCAUUGUCACGUAUAACUCUUUGAUCUCUUCGUACGCCAAAGAUGGGAUCUUGGAUGAGGCAAUGGAUCUCAAGGAGCAGAUGGAGGUGAAGGGGAUCAAGCCGGAUGUUUUCACAUACACCACUCUUAUUUCCGGGUUUGAGAAGGCUGGGAGGGAUGAACUUGCUGUGAGGAUCUAUGAGGAGAUGGAGAGCAAGCGGUGCAAGCCAAACUUGUGCACCUUCAAUGCUUUGAUCAAGAUGCAUGGGAAUCGGGGAAGAUUCACAGAGAUGAUGACGAUCUUUGAGGAGAUCAGGUCCAUUGGCUUCAAGCCAGACAUUGUAACUUGGAACUCGCUGUUGGCUGUGUUUGGACAAAAUGGAAUGGAUUCAGAGGUCUCAGGAGUGUUCAAGGAGAUGAAGAAGGCAGGUUUUGUGCCUGAGAGGGACACAUAUAAUACCUUGAUCAGUGCUUACAGUCGGUGUGGCUCAUUUGACCAAGCUAUGGAGGUUUACAAGAGGAUGCUUGCUGCUGGCAUUGGACCUGAUCUUUCCACUUACAAUGCUGUGCUAGCUGCACUUGCUCGCGGGGGGCUUUGGCAACCAGCGGAGAAGAUACUUGCGGAGAUGAAGGAUGGGCGUUGCAAGCCUAAUGAGCUUACAUAUUGUUCAUUGCUCCACGCAUAUGCCAAUGGGAAAGAGUUAGAUCGGUUGCAUGCAUUAUCUGAAGACAUAUAUUCAAGGACUAUCGUGCCACACAACAUGCUUCUGAAAACACUGGUAUUGGUCAACAGCAAGAGUGAUCUUCUAGCUGAAACAGAACGAGCUUUCAUGGAGCUGAGGAAGAGAGGUUGUUCCCCUGAUAUCACUACUUUGAAUGCAAUGGUCUCAGUCUAUGGAAGAAGGCAAAUGGUUGCAAAAGUGGAUGAGAUCCUCAAAUUCAUGAGAGCCAGGGGCUUUACUCCUAGUUUGACAACAUUCAAUAGUUUAAUUAACAUGUAUAGCCGGCUGGGAGACUUUGAAAGAUGUGAAAAGAUUCUUAAUGAAAUCAAGUUGAAAGGUGGGAGGCCUGACCUUUACUCAUAUAACACUGUCAUCUAUGCCUAUGGCAGGAAGGGCCGCAUGAAAGAUGCCUCAAGGAUAUUCUCAGGACUGCAGGCUUCUGGUCUUAGGCCUGAUAUUGUAACAUAUAAUACUUUUGUUGCAAGUUAUGUGACCAAUUCAAUGUUUGUAGAGGCUAUUGAUGUAGUUCGCUACAUGAUCAAAAGUGGCUGCAGGCCAAAUGAGAAUACCUACAACUCUAUAGUAGAUGGGUACUGCAAACAGGGGCGGAAGGAUGAAGCAAUUGCUUUCAUAUCGAACCUUCAGCAACUAGAUCGUGGAAUUCCUAAGGAUGAGCAAGAAAGGCUAUCAGAACGACUAGCGAAAAGUACUUUGUAGUUCCAAUGGAAGUACACUAGAUGGAUACAAUCAACUUUUCUUUUGUUGGCUAUUACACAUUGCAAAAAAACAAGAGGCUGUUACCACACUUAUUUACAACUUUUCAGUGGCUUGAUGCUGGAAAUGAAUCGUUUGAGUAAUUGGAUGAAGCCCCCUUCUGAUCUCAGAGGCUUGAGCCUAGAUCAUGAUCUAUAUCAUCCAAAGUCGCUUCAUCCUCUGUGAGCUAUUUCUUAGGUAUUUCUUGUUCAAAUCUCUCUUGGCAAAGAGCACUUUUUUCCCCACAUGUAAUAUUGAUUUGAUUUUAUGUUGUAACUGACUUGUACAUUUCUCGUUAGGUUGCUCUUUAAGUAAAAAAACAUGUAUUAAAAUGUCACAUUUAUACUGAUUGUGCUAUUAUAAGUUGCAUUUUGUA